GAGGAAGAGUUACCCGAUAUAGACAUAGACAUUGAUGUCUUGAUGGAGGUCAACAGUGAGGAUGAAAGAGCUCGCAUAAUUCAGGAAAUCUUAAUAGACUGCAACAAACCAACAGAUGAAUUUGUCCGCGAGCUGCUGUGCAAGAUAAGGGGAAUGAGUAAACUCACUGCUCCAACCAAGAAGGGCCGAUAAUGGCUUCAUAACAACCAUCAACACAACAUUAAGCAACGUCAUCUCAGCUCUACCAACUUCAUCCACUAAACGUGGACCGUCAUCGCACCAAAUAAUUCAUCCAGUGAUUAUUACCUACUUUGCAACAUGCUCCUUAAAAUCCAUAAGUUAGCACUGGCCAUUCAUGUCACGAAGAAUAACAUGGUUUAUUGUAAUAUUUGACUGUUAUAAGGUACACAUGCUAAACAGAACCAACAAAAGCUGUAAUAAGCCACAGGAAAAUGUUAAUUUGAAUGUGUCGGAAUGGAAAUGUGCUUUAAUAUGGACCAUUUUAAGCUACUUUUAAAACAAAAAGCAGCCAUUAAGAAAAGAAUAAAUCUUGAAAAAUGGUGGUAGGUCUGGAUAUGCUGUAGCACUGUAAAGUGCUUCAUGAUUCUAUUGUUUUAUAAAUGAGGAUUUUUUCUGUUUCGUCUUUUUAAAUAAUAAUAAUGUUUGAUGUGUUGCCGUUUUAAUGUUUGAAUAAAUCAAAUGUGGUUUCCAGCUGGUUUUGUUAGUGUCAGCCUCCUGGGUGAUUGCAUUAUUAUGUUUUGUAGAAGCCAAAUUUCCUGUCAAAAUGUUGUUCUAAUGUUUUUGCAGAUUGUUCUGGUAAACAAGAUUUAAUGGGUUUUGCCUUUUUUUUUAGUACGAGACUACAAAUCACUGUAUCAUUUUUAGCUUGAAGAGCAUGAAAUGUUUGUUUUCAAGCUUCUUCAAUAGAGGAUGAACAGUCGGCCAUUAGGGUUUUUUGCUCAAAGCUCCCACAUAUCUGCUUCUUGCAAAGCAAUUUUUUUCGGAUAAUUGCUGUGAGAACACUGUGGGUCACUUUUUUUUUUCUCUCAGCAGUGAUCCUUAAAUACCUAUGGCCAAAAAGUGAGUGCGAUUGAGUCAGAACCAAAGGGCAACUUGAAACACUGACGCUUUGACGUGUUAUGGCCUGUAAGCGCUACAUCCUCAAUCGUAUGCAUCACCGAGGUGUGAGUGAUCCGGCUUUUGAAAGAGAUUACAUGUCUGAAAGGGUACAGAACAAUAGGGACUUUUAUACAGGUUUUAGCAAAUAGAUUGUUAAUUUUAGGUUUAAAAGAUUGUUUUAAUAAUUUGUUUGUGUUUAUGAUAUCUGCACCAACAUGCUGAAAAACCUGUUAGCUCUGGUACAAUCACGCCUCCUAAUGUGGAUGGGGAUCGGCCCCUUUUCAAUUCUGAGCAGCUGAUGAUGUGACAAGUGGAAACUUUUAGUUUGAGACAUACCAUAGCUGCCUAAGACAAACAGAACAAUUAGGCUUUGACAUAAUAAUUGAUUCACAUUGGUCCUGCAUGCUAGCAACACAGGCACAAACACUAAUAAUUAUCUAAUCUUAUAUUUAAGCAAAAAAAAAAAAACUUUUUUUUGACCUGGUUACCAUCUAUGACUUUGUAGAUAAUUUUCUUUUGAGGCAACGUGAAUAUCACGUUAAAUAGAAUCCAGGAAAUUUUUAAAUGGUGCUGUUUUUGAUGUUCUUCCCAGAGUAGAUAUGUAAAAAAAAAUGUUUUCCAACAAUACUGGAGAAACGUGUCUGUGAGAAAUGUGUGUGUCUAAAACUCUGUCCUCUUUGUUCAUCUUUUUAUCAUCUCUGUUGGCCUGUAGGCUCCAUCUCAGUUCAAAACUUUUUAUUUUCUAGUUCUGAAUUGAAGUGCAUAAUGUAAAAGCCAUUAGCGGAAUUUGAGAAGCAUCCAAGAUUCCUGUAACAACACUGUCUGGGAUUUUCUGUCGAAGAGUUCAGGGCCAAGACGUACACAUAAAUAUUUGUGGGGUUUCAUGUAAUAAUUAUUUUGAAAGUGACCAUAUAAGAAAGCUUUAUGUUUGCAUGAGUUUUUAAAGUAGCAUGUUGAGAGGAACACUUUCUUUAUCUAGAGGUUUUUAUUUCCCAAGUUUUUUUAUUCUUAUUAUUAUUGCUAUCGAUAAAAUUGGGACUGUUCCAUUUUUCUGCAACAUUUGUUUCUGUGUACUCACAAUAAGAAUACCGUUUUUUAAAAUGUAAUGUAGUGUGUAAUUUGGGUUUGCGAAUAAUAAAAAUUACUAAAUUA